UCCACUAUUUUCAUAUAUUGACAGUUUGCUCAGAACUUAGAAACGUCUGUUAAUUAAUUGAAAUCAAAUAUCAACAACUGUCAUCUCAUAGGAAAAUUUACUACAAAAUGCGAAUGUACGCAGUGUCAAGUACAUUGUUCCAUUUUAGCGGGUUUUUCAAACAAUGUUUACUCAGUGGCAACGAUGAGUUUCAGAAGUUUUCGCUUUUUUAUUUUGUGCGUGUUAUAUGAGCUGUGAAAGUGCAUUAUAUUCAUUAAUGAUCUUCGCUUGUAUACGGUAUUUAAAUACUGUAUUGUAAAAAAAUUUAAGUCGUAAGAGUCAAAAUAAAAAGAAAGUGAUGUUUUAUAUAUAUGUGUUCUAUAUAUAAUAUUGAAAUGGUUUCCAAGUUAGCAGAAAAAUAUUUGCUUGACAUACUUGAAAAGGCUGUCAAACAUGGAGAUUCUUGUGAGAUUCAGAAUGUUUUCAAAAAUAAUAAUUUUGCAGUGGAGAAUUUAAAUGUGGUUAUAAGCAAGGUAGGGAAUAUUAUAUAUUCCUGCCAGUCUAAUUUGCCUGGAUUUGAAAUUACUAUUCAGAAUAUUCUAAAAGUCCUUUUGGAUCUGAUACAAGUUACUGAAUUCAAUUUUACACAGUCUGUCUAUUUAACAAGACUUUUAUUGAAUAUAGCAACUGAUCAGUCAUGUACCAUUAAUAUUAUGAAAGGGGCAAUCCCAGCUGUUAAUCAUUUCCUUCAAAAUUCAUCUAUUGCUCAAUCCAUCCUAAAUGAUGAAAGUUUGGAAGGAACAAUCCAGAUUCUUGGAAGGAGUAUUCCGUACAUUGGAGAUUAUGAAUGUCAAGUCCUUCUCCUUGAAACUUUGUACAGAAUUACUGAAAAUGGAAAUAGAAGGCAAUGGGCAAAGGUUUGGUUUCAAGAUAUGCAAACAAGAUCUUUAUUUUUGAAUAUGAAUCCUAAUAGUUUUGAACUACAAUCCAGAAGAGCAUUAAAUUACAUCAACAAAAAGGAAGUUGAAUGCAGAGUCUUUUCUUUUGUUGCUAAGACUGUUAAAUUUGGAGAUGUUUGG